UCUGCGUUUGACAAUUUAAUGUCAUUUAAUUUUACUGUGGUGGUCUGAAAAUAUCGGAAAAAGUCAUAUUAUAACAAACAAAAUACUUUUAUUUCCUGUGCUAUUUAAUAACUUGUUUUAAUUGAACGAGUGUGCGAUUCAUCUCUGUUUCAUCUUCUUUGAUACUGUGUCUGCAGCUACCCCGACAGUAGCUGAAAACAUCCAGAAUAUUAUUUCGUCGCAAAAUGGAUGCAUGGAUCUUAUGACGCAACAAUAGUGUUGACCUGUGAAAAGAGCGCACGUGCUAUAUUCAGUUCUUGGAGACGCAACUAGUUCGAUACCCCGGCAUCGCUUUAUGGAGACCAGGACAAAUUCUACAUUGAAGACAUUUUAAGGGGUAGUCGAUGCCCCACGCGGCGCCCGCCAGCAUGUCGACCCCGCCCCGCCACCCGCACUUCUACACGGUCGAGGUCGGCGACACACGCUUCACCAUUCUCAAGCGCUACCAGAACUUGAAGCCGAUCGGAUCGGGCGCUCAGGGGAUCGUGUGCGCGGCAUACGACACGGUGACGCAGCAGAACGUCGCGAUCAAGAAACUUUCUAGACCGUUCCAGAAUGUCACGCACGCUAAGCGCGCUUACCGCGAGUUCAAGCUGAUGAAACUCGUCAAUCAUAAAAAUAUUAUAGGGCUCCUAAACGCGUUCACGCCGCAGAAGAGCCUCGAGGAGUUCCAGGAUGUGUACCUGGUGAUGGAGCUGAUGGACGCGAACCUGUGCCAGGUCAUCCAGAUGGACCUGGACCACGAGAGGAUGAGCUACCUGCUGUACCAGAUGCUGUGUGGCAUCAAGCACCUGCACUUGGCUGGGAUCGUGCAUCGGGACCUGAAGCCGUCCAACAUAGUGGUGAAGAGCGACUGCACGCUGAAGAUCCUGGACUUCGGUCUCGCGCGCACGGCCGGCACCACCUUCAUGAUGACGCCCUACGUCGUCACCAGAUACUAUCGCGCGCCUGAGGUGAUCCUCGGCAUGGGCUACACAGAGAAUGUAGACAUCUGGUCGGUGGGCUGCAUCAUGGGCGAGAUGAUCCGCGGCGGAGUGCUGUUCCCCGGCACCGACCAUAUCGACCAGUGGAACAAGAUCAUCGAGCAACUGGGCACCCCGUCGGCCGCGUUCAUGGCGCGCCUGCAGCCCACAGUGCGCAACUACGUAGAGAACAGACCGCGCUACGCCGGCUACACGUUCGAGCGGCUCUUCCCCGACAUACUGUUCCCCUCCGACAGCAACGAGCACAACCGGCUGAAGGCGUCCCAAGCGCGCGACCUGCUGUCCCGCAUGCUGGUGAUCGACCCCGAGCGGCGCAUCUCCGUGGACGAGGCGCUGCUGCACCCCUACAUCAACGUGUGGUACGACGAGGGGGAGGUCAAUGCGCCGGCGCCGGCCGCGUACGACCACUCGGUGGACGAGCGCGAGCACACGGUGGAGCAGUGGAAGCAGCUGAUCUACACCGAGGUGGUGGAGUACGCGCCCGCGCCGCACCUCGCCGCGCCCGACCCCGCGCCCGCCAUCUCCUAGGUACGACAGCCCCACCCCGGCGACAUGUAAACAUAGCACGUGCAAGGACAAUAGUCGAGGAGUGUCGUCUCUGCGCCGCGGACUUGUAUACUCUGUGCAAUAUAAAAGUGACGUACAUGUGAUAAUGUCACUCGAAAGCGGGGUUAAAAUGUGAUAAACAAAUGGCAUGAACGAUCGUUUCAAAAUGCGCUAAUUGAAAGCUGGGAAAUUUAAAAAAAAUCGAUGACAAGCUGGGAUUCGAUCCCACGUCUUUUUUGCCAUUCCGUGGCAACGCCUAGACGGCUACCCGAGAGUAUGGCUCAUUUGUAAAGCAUUUAAAUGCUGUAAAACUUAUCAAAUUUAAAGCUUUCAAUUGACUGAUGAAAGGUCGGAUGUCUAAUUAACUUCAAAGGAAAAAUAAAAUGCGUUUAAUCACAAAUACAUCUACAAGUAUUAAGCGAAACGAUCGUUCGUGCGGUUUACUUAUUUAUCUAAGUGGCAUUGUAACUCGCUCGUGGAACGGAACGCAGCGGGUCUCACACAAGCGGCACGGACCGGCUCGUCUAUUGUAUUCUUCCUGUUCUUAUAGUGUAAGCAACCCCCCCCCUCCCACGUACACACCUCCCUCCCACAAAUAUAGGUUCCUACCCAACGUUUUUCUUUUCAUUUGCGAAAAAGAGUGCCUUUUACUAGUAAUCUGUCAGAAUUGUACGAAUAUUUUUUUAUAUGUACGUUUUUUUUUUUGUUAUUUGACGCGUAAGGGUAUUUUUUUAUGCGCUAAGUUUAUUUAUGUAUUGAGCUUAUGUGUUGUUAUGUUAUUUUUAUGUGCAAUCAUUAUUUUUUAUCGUGUAUCGGCUGAAUGCGUUUGCGUGUGACAUAAUAAAUUUUUUGGUAAUCAAUGAAUUUCUGAACGAAUUUUUGGUGUUGCCGCCAAUUUUUUGUGAACUUUUUUUUAAUUUUGGAAAAUAUAUUGUUGCGUAUAUGGAUGUAUAUUCUGACGUGGAAUGAAUCGUUCGUAUCCAGUAGGACUUUUUAAUUUUUGUAGAACGUAAACCGACCGACAUGUUUGCCCGCAAAUUAGCGCAGAUUAUCCCAAAAUUUCCGAACAGAUAACGAAAUUUUUGUUACGUCAUAUAGCCAGUCGGAAUUUGGUGAUGUUCAUAGUUUUUCGUAAGUAGACCCUAGUUGCGUUGUUGACUGUAUAAGUAGAAAUAUAAGUACAUUUUUACCUAAGUAGAUUAUUUAGGUCGCCUCACACGUUGAGAUAAAUAAAAAUAUACGAUAUUAUGCGUCAACCUGAAGAAAUACACUCAUAUUGUAACGAUCGAUAUUAUUCGAGUAAUUAUUAAUAAUUUAAGUACGUUUUUAUCGAUUGUGAGGAAUAAUUUCCCGUUAUAAAUAUUGAAGACCAUAGAUAAAAUAUCGAUGAAAUUUAACAAAACGUGUGAGGGACAGUAGGUUAUUGUUUGAAACCUCACUAGGUGAUAUAAUAUUAAAAUAAGAAUAAUGGAUGACGAUAGUCAUAAAGGAUGGUUUCAUGAAGUAGCACAAUUUAUUAGCUAUAGAGAAAACGGGCGCUAAACGGUUGAGAGAGCAAAUAAGCAAUAAUGUUAAUAUGUUAUCCUUCCUCACUUAGCAGUUGAUUAUAUUUCGUCAUGGAACAUAUCAGAGGUCGCAAUAGAUAGAUUGUGUCGACUCAGCUCUGAGCAGUGAGCAGUGAGCAGUGAGCAGUGAGCAGUAAGCAGUGAGCAGUGAGCAGUAAGCAGUGAGCAGUGAGCAGUGAGCAGCCGCUCUGCAAGCGAAUGUUGCUUUACUUUUGUUCCAUAGAGAAUGCGCGGAAUGGCGGGAAAUGCAACUGUCAAAAGUGUUUAACCAUUUACAAGUGCAUCGUAUUCGUAUAUAACCUAAAAAUAAAGAAAAAUAUUUAAUUAAUUAUAAGUAUGUAAAUAUUAAGUAAUCGUAUAGUCUGAAUGGAACGAAAGUGAAGAGCAUGGGUACUCUGGGAUCUAUAGCACAUUCUGUUUCGCUAUGGUAACGAUAAAGUUCACAACUGUACGUCCAAAUUGUCCAUUUAUAUGUUAAAUGUACCUAAUGCAAAUUACAAUAAUGUAAUCUUUAGAUUGUAUUUUAGUACACGAGGUUUAAGAUUGUAGCGAUGUUGAGAGGCCGAGCGGCGCUUAGCGGUAUUCUUUGAGUUACACUUCGAUGACUAUCUAAAACAACUUAUUUUUACUGUACACGUAAGUUAUUUCAUAUUUUAACUGAAUAAAUUGAAAUGGUUAUUAUAAAA